ACUGUGUUACCACUUCUACCAAAAGUUUCCUUAGAAACUAAAUAAAUAUGAUUCUUGUUAAUUAUGACUACAUGAUCCUAACUCAGUUUUUAAAUUUAAAGCUAAAAUCUCACUUUUAGAAUACUCAGUCAUUUCAGAAAUGGAAAGCCCACGUAACGGCAGUGUUUCCAGAAAUUCGACGGAAAGAAUGUCACUUCAAGAAUACCAAGACCAACAAAAUGACCAACACAUUCUAUGUGAAUAUGACAAGGAUUCUGACUCUAUUAUUUCUAAUUUAAAUCAAUUAAAUCAAAACUUGGUGGAGUCGUCCGUUUUAAUUGAAAGUAAUGUGCAAGAUUUAGAUGAGGUGGAAUUAUUGAUCCAUACUGAUCAAUUGAAAGGAGAAACCUUGAGAAAAUCAGGUAUGCCCAACUUCUUUAAGACUAAGAUGCUUAAAUUUAAGUUAGCGUUAGAAUUAAAGUUAGAUACAAAAAAUAUAUGUAAUUAUGGUAAAUUGAUAAUUAAUAUUAAUGUAAUCUAUAUAGAUAAGUCAUUUUUGAGUAUAAAAUCAUCAAAUGAUAUUAAUAAUAUUUUUUUAAAGAUACACCCGAGACAGUGCUUACAGAUCACAUUAACGAUCCGGAUAUAACAAUCCUGUGUGAAAGAUGUUCUCUUUAUCUAAACAUCCGUAACUUACCUUAUCACAGAUCAUAUCACAAUGCCUUGUCUACUUUGUUCUACAAGCACCCUCAGAAACCUUCUGAUGUUAAAUCUCUGUUUCAACGAAGAAACUUGGUCAUUAAAAAACUCACUUGUGAGGCAACAGCUGAAAAUCCACUCACUCUGCAAGUAGUACAGAGAAUAAAUGAAGCAUAUGAACUUUUAAAAAAUGAUUUAGAAGAUGAAUGCUCUGAAUUGUUUCAAAUUCCAGGCAAUAUAGAUAACAAUGUGGAGAGUGUUUCUCUUUACAGUAGCCCAGAGUGUAUUUAUGCUGUGGGAAUUAGCAGCAGUAAAAAUAAAGCCUGGAGAGCUGAAAUGGAGGAUGUAAAAGUUUACCAGGAUUACUUUGGAGAAAACAAACAUAAAUGCUACCUGGCAAUAUUUGAUGGAUACCAUGGCAGUAAUGCAGCCCAGAAAUCUGGCCAUGAGCUGCAUCACUUGUUGCUAUCCGAAAUGUGUAAGUUUGACUCUAGUAUCAAGUCUACCACACCACGAAACUUUGCUGAGUCAAUGCAGACGAGGGAAGAGUAUGAGUUUCAGAGACCAGAGACUAGAGGCAGUGUCAGGGUUGACUUACAUCAAAAAAGUACAGUUUUUGUUCAGGUACUUCUUGUAUAUCUACUAUAUCUACCAAGAUCUUACUUUCCUUGUCAGAUACUGCAUAACAGGGGGGGGGGGCCUCAAACUCAUUUGUGUGCCAUUGGAGUGGAAUUGUAAGUUGUUGUAGUUUUAUCUGUUUAGAUACUGGAAGUUAAUUCUUGCUAAACAACUGCACUAAAAUAUAAUUUGUGUAUAAAAAGUCUCAAGUUUCAGGAAAACGGUUGCACCUAACACAUCGAUUUACCCCAUGUUAUGUAUCUCAUGGAAACAUAAUUAUAUCUGGACAAUAUCUCAACUCAUUAUCAUGGAGCUUAAAAGAAACAACCACUAACUAACUAUAUACUUGACACAUCUGUGCCUGAUAAACAUACUUUGUCAAAAGGUUUCUUGGUCAAAUAUAUUAUUUCUCAGCACAAAGCUAGUUUGCAUGAUCUAUCUUAUAGGUCUAUCUCGUCAUACACCCCUGAUGGUGAUAUUUAUAAAACAUUAGUUAUUCUGUCACUCACCUUUCAUAAAAUCAGCUUCCAAAUGCAUGGCUGAACCCAAGCUUAAUCUCUCAUUAUCAAAAUAGAGAUGACAUACACAAUUAAAUGUUUACAGUGGUUAUGAUAUCUGGACACAAGGCUUUAUGUCAGCAGGUUUGAGUGGAAUUAGUAAGCCUGCAGUUUUAAAGUGUUCUUAAGCUGUGCUAUUUUAGUGGACUCAUCACACCGUGAUUUUGAUUUUAUUUUCUCAAUCAGGGUUAUAUGCAGAAUGAAUUAUUUGAUGGCAAAAUUUGAUCUGAUUCUAGGAAAUUUUAGAUUCCUGCUACAAGAAAUAUGAUGCGAUGAUGAACAAAAAUGAAGAUGCUCAGGAAAAGUCAAACAAGAAGAAAAAAAGUGGCCAUCCUUUUCUUGAGAACAUGAAAAAGGUAAUGAUCUGGAUGUUGUAAUUUAAAAACUGACAAACAUACAACUACUUUAAAUUUAUAGGUUUUUAAAACAUCUGGCAAUGAUUUGUUUUGUGUGUUUUUCUGUUUUUUUUUGCAUAAUAGAGGAAGAGAACAAUUUCAUGAUCUAAUUAUAAAAAAUAUGAUAUUAAAUCAUUUAGAGGGACAUGUGUGUACUUUCAGUCAUGAUGCUAUUAGUAUGUUGCAGCUUUAUGUAACGGUAGGUUCUCAUUGUCACUAAAGGAGUUCAUUUAUGGCUGAUUUCUACACUAGAAAAAUACUUUAUGUUUAUAUUGUUAUAAUUGUAAAAUGUCGUCUUUGUUAAAAAUAUGUAUUUAUUUAUGUGCUGAAAAUGAAUAUGUGCAAAGUAAUCAAAAGGCAUUUCCAUUUAUUUGGAUCAAUAAAGAAUCUUAUCUUUUUUUAUUUUUUUCACAUCUUAUCUGAUCUUGAAUAAGUACUAACAUUAUUUUCAAAAUAUUAAUAAAGUUUUAGCUGAGCACUAGAGAGUAUUUCAUUUUAAAGAUUUUUAUUCCAAGGCGUUCAAGAAAACUUACCUGUUGAUGGACAUACUCCUGGCCUAUGGCAAAGAUGAAAGGUCGAAGUUCAGGUGGAGUGGUACUUCAGCCUUGACGAUUGUCAUUCAGGACACGAUUGAUAAGUCAGAAAAGGUUCUCUUUGGGCAAGAAGACCCUCCACCACAUGGCAGGGACACAGAAGAAAACAUCAGAGAAAAUGAGCUUGGUGUAAUCUAUGUCGCCAACGCUGGUAAUUCUGUCUUCUCAUCAUCCAUUGGGAUGGACUGCAUUAUGUGUUAUUUAAAUAAAUGUUUUCACAAAUUAUUUUUUUUUAGUUCAAGUUAAAAACUUUUACUGAUAAUGUUAGAUUUUACACAUUUCUAAAAUAAAUUUCUACUACAACAUAAUUCUUUAAGAUUGCAUUUUUUUUUCUUUCUGAGAAAAAAUACUCUUAAAGAAACAUUUUCACAAGAUUCGCAGCUCUUUAAAAAAAAUUUUUUUGUAUCUAACUUAAAUUAUCUAACAUUUUUCUUUUUGACUUCCCAAUGUUUAAAUUAAAUUAUUACCAAUCUACUGUGGACAGAUUCUAUUUCAAGGCUUUUUCCCUCAGCCAGGCAGCUCUAGAGCUUUGCUUGUGAAAAACAACACAGCGCAUCGACUUUCUAGAGACCACACAAGCAACAGCAGGAAAGAAAGGGAAAGGAUUCACAAGUGUGGUAGGUUGGAAUAAGUACUUCAAAUAUUUGGAAUACAUUUAAAUUGAAUUGUGCUUGUCAUUGAAGGUGAAUCUUAAGUUCUGUGAUGUAGUUCUGUAGGAACAAUAUUGAAGUAAUUAUAGUGUAUGUAAUUAUAGCAGAUGAGUAGGAUCUGUUAGUUGAAGAGGAAUAAUGAAUUAAAAAUUGAUAUAUAAUCUAUGUCUAGUGCUUAUGCAUUACAUGAAUUUCUACAAUUUCUAGAUUUAAAUGGUCCCAUAUAUGUCUAGAUUUAAAUGGUCCCAUAUAUGUCUAGAUUUAAAUGGUCCCAUGUAUGUCUAGAUUUAAAUGGUCCCAUAUAUGUCUAGAUUUAAAUGGUCCCAUGUAUGUCUAGAUUUAAAUGGUCCCAUGUAUGUCUAGAUUUAAAAGGUGUAAAAAUAGUUUAACAAGAUUUACUUUGCGGUUCAUUGUUAUGUAAACACAAACUUGUUUUUUUAUCCAAGGGGGAAACUUCAGUGUCAGUGAAAAACAGUCCUGUGUCAAUGGCAUCUCUUUUGUUACACGAGGACUUGGUAACCACGGUGACACUUCCCUGAAGGAAUGCAUCAUUUCUGAACCGCACGUAACAACGGUGGCCAUUGAUCAAGAGGCCCAGUUUCUGGUUGCGGCAUCAUGGGGCGUCUGGGAGGUGUUCUCUGAUGAGGAGGUGGUUGCUCUGUUAACCAAGGUACUCCACAAAAAGUUACCUUUGAUGACCUUGGUUGUUUUGCUCAGAGGUUGGCACUAUGUUUUUGAGGGUGCACCUCUACUCUCAUUACAGCAUUUAUUGUAUUUUGUACAGCAAAUCUCAUUCUAUGGGAGAUUAUAUAGUGUAUUUUGUUUGACUAUAGAAUCCCAGGCACAGAAACAUUGCAAAUCCCUCUACAUGCAUGGGAGCCAAAAUGAUCAAUAGAUUGUUCGUGGGCCCUUAAUAUAUAGAAGUAGAAGAAAAACUAAUAAAAUGCUGGUUACAUUAUUAAAUUGUGAAAAAUCAUUAACUCUUUUUGAUGAUUUGAGCUAAAAAAAAUGUAUGGCAUCUUUCCGUCUGUGGGAGACGAUAGAUUAUCUUUAUUGCUUGCAGCUCUUGGUGUGGCUGGUGAGACCAAUCCUCGAAUGGCAGUUUCUGUUACAUUUCCCACACACGAAUGCAGUGGAGCAGUAUUUACCGGCCUUCCUCCUCGCUCUUUUUGCAGCUGUUUCCGCCCUGUUUUGAUCCUCGGCAUGUAGUGAUCCUGCCUUCACGAUGCCCCGCCAUGAGGAUUGAUCCUGUGGGUUACUUCUUGUGAUAAUGUAUUGGGGGACUCAAUGUAUGGCUUAAAUACAGCAUACCUUAAAAUAUUCAGCUGCUAUGCAAAUACGAAAGCAUAUUUUGAGUUGACCAUCAGGAUGUUAAUGCAGUUUUUAUAUCAUGUUCAGAACCCCAAAGCCUUGAGUCAGUAUGUGGGAUCCAUAAUGUUUGUCCUUAUCAUACAGUGUUUCCUCCCUACUGUAUUGACGGCACAAGCCUUGGUCUCUGUAUAUGUAUUUCUGUGGGUUUGUCCUUAUCAUACAGUGUUUCCUCCCUACUGUAUUGACUGCACAAGCCUUGGUCUCUGUACAUGUUUGUCCUUAUCAUACAGUGUUUCCUCCCUACUGUAUUGACUGCACAAGCCUUGGUCUCUGUAGAUGUUUGUCCUUAUCAUACAGUGUUUCCUCCCUACUGUAUUGACUGCACAAGCCUUGGUCUCUGUAGAUGUUUGUCCUUAUCAUACAGUGUUUCCUCCCUACUGUAUUGACGGCACAAGCCUUGGUCUCUGUAGAUGUUUGUCCUUAUCAUACAGUGUUUCCUCCCUACUGUAUUGACUGCACAAGCCUUGGUCUCUGUAGAUGUUUGUCCUUAUCAUACAGUGUUUCCUCCCUACUGUAUUGACUGCACAAGCCUUGGUCUCUGUAGAUGUUUGUCCUUAUCAUACAGUGUUUCCUCCCUACUGUAUUGACUGCACAAGCCUUGGUCUCUGUACAUGUUUGUCCUUAUCAUACAGUGUUUCCUCCCUACUGUAUUGACUGCACAAGCCUUGGUCUCUGUAUAUGUAUUUCUGUGGUAUGCUUUUCCUCAGUUGUUGCCAGGGCAACAUGUGCCGCCACCCAGUAGGCUGAGUGAAUCUCUUGGUGUCCUUCUCCGCCCCAUGAACGAUGGCCGUCAAGGUAAAGCUGACCAUUCAACCCCGCCCGCUGGUCAGGUGGACCUGGAAAUAAAAAGUGGGGUCAGACUGGGAAGAAAUGUGCCCGACUUGUCAGGUCAGUAGAACUGUUGGGUCAGCUGAUACUGGUUUACUAAGGACUGUUGGAGUCAUCACGUUUUUCCACUAGAAGGUGAAAGUCUCAGCUGUCCUUGACCUAAUUUACUCUAUAUUUAACCCAUCAUCUUUGAUUUGACCACAUACUCAGAGAUUUAGUUUAUUCUGUGGGACCAAGUUUUUUUUUCAGUCCCUGUUUGUGUGCUGGCCUUAUGUGUGUGUGCUGGCCCUAUACUUGUGUGCUAGCCCUAUACUUGUAUGAUGGCCCUAUACUUGUAUGAUGGCCCUAUACUUGUGUGCUGGCCCUAUGUUUGUGUGCUGGCCCUAUGUUUGUGUGCUGGCCCUAUGCUUGUGUGCUGGCUCUAUGUUUGUGUGCUGGUCCUAUACUUGUAUGCUAACCCUAUGUUUGUGUGCUGGCCCUAUGAAUGUGUGCUGGUCCUAUACUUGUGUGCGGGUCCUAUACUUGUAUGCUAGCCCUAUGUUUGUGUGCUGGCCCUAUGAUUGUGUGCUGGUCCUAUACUUGUGUGCUGGCCCUAUGAUUGUGUGCUGGCCCUAUGAUUGUGUGCUGGCUCUAUGUUUGUGUGCUGGUCCUAUACUUGUGUGCUGGCCCUACAAUUGUGUGCUGGCCCUAUGCUUGUGUGAUGGCCGUAUGAUUGUUUAGCCUUUUGUUUGCGCUGAGAGGUGUUCAUGCUUCCAGGUAACACUGUAAUAAUUGGAAUUUAUCUAGAACUAUUUAUCUUGUAAAACUUAAACCAAAAUAACAAACAUCUUCAAAAAUUGAUUUUAGGAAGCCGUUUUGAUGACAUGCGUGAGCUUGAGGAUGGUGGUCAUCUGAAGGGGUGCGAUCAUACUGAGGAGAUGUUUGGUCAACUCGGGGACAGUGGUCAGCCUGGGGAUGAAAGUCUUUGUCAGGAUAGAUGUCCUUCUGAGGACAGUGCUCUGGGUGCCCUACCAUUUGAAGACGCAGCAGAGGAUCAUGUCGAUGUGGUUGAUGGUGUGGAAACAACAGAGCAGAGCAGGAGGCUUGCCCUCGCCAAGUCAAUGGCUGAGCACCUGACACAAGCCUGCCUACUGGCUGGUUCCCGUAGUAACGUAACAGUCAUGGUGGUCCUGCUGCCAGGUUGUGGUCCUGUGUGAUCAGCCUGAUGUUUACGAUGUGAGGGUUGGGACAGAGGGGUCGGUCCGUAAGUUGUGGAGUUGCUGUGUUAUUAUUUGUUUAACUGGAGCAAUUUGCAUUGUUUUAUUAUUUGUUUAACUUGAACAAUUUGCAUUGUUUUAUUAUUUGUUUAACUGGAAAAAUUUUCAUUGUUUUAUUAUUUGUUUAACUUGAACAAUUUUCAUUGUUUUUCUAAUGUUUUGUUUCCACUGUACAAUCAUAGUGUUUUUGUGCGGUGUUCUUCUGUUGCAGGCCUGCACAACAUAUGGCCCACGGGCCGCAUGGUCCCCGCAAGCACCCACUUUGGGGCCAGGGAAGUAACAAUAUUUUUUUUUUCUUAUUAUUUCCUAAUAGCUUUCCCCCUGUCCUAUUUUCUUUUGGCCCGCACAAGUUUGUCAAAAAGUAUUACUGUUUGAGUUGUGCAGGCGUGUACUAUUGCAAUCAUAACAUAAUUUCAGUAGCAAUGUAUUGCUAAGAGUCAAAUCCAAGAUUUGAAAUAGACAAAAUAUACAACAAAGCUUAAAUGAGUUAAUUUACGUAAUAGUUCAAGUUUAUAAGAAAAGAUUUCUUUAAUAUUACUGAUUGUAAAGUUAAAGCUUCUGCC